AUGUACAUCCAUCGAGAUUUCUCAAAGGCACAAAUGAGUCUCAUUGAUGCAUGGCUGCAGGUUGGCUAUACAUCGAGCAAGAGGGAUAAAAUGGCGUCAGGGCAUGAAGAUGGUCGUCCUGGCUCUGGCCAGGAGGAGAUGAAGAAGCCAUCUGCUUCCACCUUCCACCCGACUCUCUGGGGUGACUUCUUCCUUUCUCACGAACCGCCGACUUCACCACAGGAAAUUCAAAUGCGGGAAAGGGCUGAAGUGCUAAGGCAAGAAGUGAGGAAGAUAAUCAAAGGCUCAAAUAAUGAUUUGCCAGCGAUGUUGGACCUUAUAAUCACACUGCAGAGACUUAGUCUUGACUACCACUACGAGGAUGAGAUCAGCGAGAUGCUGCACAAUGUUUACAGCUCUAAUCACUACGAUGGUGACCUAAAUGUAGUCUCCCGUCGAUUUUAUCUUCUGCGUAAAAGCGGCUACAACGUGCCAUCUGAUGUAUUUCUAAAAUUUCAAGAUAAACAAGGGAAUUUUGUUGAUGCUGAUAUUACAAGCUUGUUAAGCUUGUACAAUGCAGCGUAUCUGAGGACUCAUAGAGAGCCAUUGCUUGAUGAGGCAAUUUCCUUCGCCAGAAAAUGCCUUCAAGGUGGACUAGAAAAUCUGGAAUCGCCUCUUGCUGAGGAAGUGUCACUUGCCCUUGACACACCUCUUUUUCGAAGGGUCGGGAUUUUGGAAACGAGAAACUUCAUACCCGUUUAUGAAAAGGAGGCUACACGAAAGGAAGCUAUAUUAGAGUUUGCAAAAAUAAACUUUAACCUUUUGCAACUUCUUUACUGUGAGGAGCUAAAAGAUGUCACAGCGUGGUGGAAGAAUCUCAAUGUUGAAGCCAAUUUUCAUUUUGUGAGAAAUAGGAUAGUGGAAAUGUAUUUCUGGAUGAAUGGAGCAUGUCAUGAGCCUCAAUAUUCUCACUCCCGAAUUAUACUUGCAAAGAUGAUGGGCUUUAUUACUAUAUUAGAUGAUUUCAUUGACACAUAUGCUACCACUGAAGAGAGCACACAACUUGCCGAAGCUGUUUUCAGGUGGGACAAGGAUGCCAUAACUUUGCUUCCAGAAUACACAAGGGAUUUCUACAUGUUCUUAUUGAAGACAUUUUGUUCAUUUGAGGAGGAAUUAGGAACUGGGAAGAGCUACCGUGUGUUUUAUUUAAGAAAGAUGUUAAAGCAACUAGUGCAAGCAUACAUUGAGGAACUUAAAUGGCGCGAUGAAAAUUAUAUACCAGAAACAUUGAGUGAACAUCUUGGACUUUCAAUGAGAAGCAGCGGGGGCUCUCCACUACUAUGUGCUUCACUGGUUGGAAUGGGUGAAAUAGUAACAAGAGAGACACUUGACUGGUUUCUAAGCUAUCCUCAGCUUGUCAGGUCGUUUGAUUCAUUUGUGCGACUUUCAGAUGACAUGGCAUCAACUGAGCGUGAGCAAAAAGGGGAUCACAAUGUCUCCACUGUCCAGUGCUACAUGAAGGAGCAUGGAACAACGAUGCACGAAGCAUGCAAAAGAAUAAAAGAGCUCACCGAAGAUCUAUGGAAGGACAUGGUCCAGCAUCACCUUGCAAGCACCGAGCAAACAGCGAUCGUGUCACGUAUGGUGCUUAACUUGGCACGAACUGGAGAUUACAUGUAUCAGAACAACAUCGACAAAUUCACUUCUUCGCACACUAUCAAAGAGGCGAUAAGGCUACUCUUUGUGGAGCCAAUACCAGUGUGAAUGUAUCUUGUUAAGAAGAGACCAAAUAAUGAACUCUUACCAGCU